UCGCCCGCCAUCUCUCUCUCAUCUGCCUCUCUGACAUGCACUCAAAGUCUCAUUUCUAAACCUUUCCUGAUCUUGCAGAGAAAAAGUAGGAUUUAAAAAAAAAAAAGGCAAAUUUUUGAUCGUUCCCAGGAAUGGGUUCUAAUGUUCUUUUCAUUUCCCUUCUGUUUCUUGGCUUUUCUUGUUUACGUGGUGUUUGUGGAAAUGCUGAGCUUAUAGCUUUGCUGGAGAUAAAGGCUGCUUUGGACCCAGAAAACAAGCACCUUUCUUCUUGGACCAGUGAUGGGGAUCCCUGUGGCGGCUCCUUUGAAGGGGUGGCUUGCAAUGAGCUGAAUAAGGUGGGUAAUAUUUCCCUGCAAAGCAGAGGGCUCGCCGGAAAAUUGCCGCCGGCGGUGGCGCAGCUCAAGUGCUUGUCCGGCCUCUACUUGCAUUACAAUGAAUUGACUGGGGAGAUUCCCAGGGAGAUUGGUAAUCUCACUGAGUUGACUGAUUUGUACCUCAAUGUCAACAAUUUUUCUGGGAACUUACCCCCUGAGAUUGGAAGCAUGCCCAGUCUGAAAGUGCUGCAGCUGAGUUGCAACCAGUUAACAGGGAUCAUACCUACAGAAUUUGGGUUCUUGAAGGAUUUGGGUGUUCUAGCUUUGGAAUAUAACAGGUUGACUGGCCUAAUCCCUGCAAGUUUAGGGAACCUUAGAAUGCUAAAGAGGGUUUACUUAGCCUUUAAUCACCUCUCUGGUCCAAUUCCCACUAGAUUGGCCACUGCUCCCCAAUUGGAGUUUCUUGAUGUUCAAAACAACACCCUUUCUGGAGCUGCCCCUCCUGGUUUGAAAAGAUUGAAUGAAGGAUUCCAUGGCGGAAACAAUCCCGGUUUAUGUGGCGUUGGAUUCCCGCUGUUGAGAGCUUGCACUCGCUGGGAUGAUGUAAAUGUCAAUGAGGGCGAACCGUUUAUGCCUAAAUCUAGUAGUAAUAAUACUUCCCCAGAAAGUAUUCCAGAGAGUGCAAACUUUCACCUGCAUUAUUGUAACGAAAGCCAUUGCUCAAGUUCAUCGUCCUCCAAGUUUCGAGAGGUGGGCAUUAUUGUUGGGGCUAUAUCUCUAGUGGUCAUAUUGUUGGUAAUUGGGGGUGUUAUAAUGUUCCGUUCUAGGAGGCAUAAACAAAAAGUUGGGAACACCUCUGAGGCUACUGAUGAUUAUCCGGGAAAGGAAUUGUGCAGGAGAAGUCCAUCGACACUGAUGAAUGUCGAGUAUUCAGAGCGAUGGGAUCCAAUGAGCCCGGAUUGUUGCACCUUGGGGAAUGAAUUCUUACAGGGGUUCAAGUAUAACUUAGAGGAGGUUGAAUCUGCAACUCAGCAUUUCUCGGAGAAGAAUUUGUUGGGGAGAAGCAAAUUCUCGGCUGUCUAUCGAGGAACACUAAAGGAUGGAUCUGUAGUGGCCAUCAAGAGCAUAAACGUAACGGCUUGUAAGUCUGAGGAGUGUGAGUUUAUGAAAGGGCUGAACUUGCUAACCUCUCUGAAGCACGAUAACCUCGUUAAUCUCAGGGGUUUCUGUUGUUCAAAGGGAAGGGGUGAGUGUUUUUUGAUCUAUAAUUUUGCUUCCAAUGGUACUUUGGCACUGUACCUUGACCUUGAAGAAGGUAACAAGAGAACUCUCAACUGGCCUACAAGAGUUUCUAUCAUCAAAGGCAUUGCAAAAGGUAUUGGGUAUUUACACAGUUCUGAACCCAACAAACCAACCAUUAUUCAUCAGAACAUAUCAGUGGAGAAAAUCCUCCUUGAUGAGCAGUUCACUCCACUCAUCUCAGAUUGUGGCCUUCUAAAACUCUUUGCAGAAGAUGUCGUCUACUCGGCCCUCAAGGUCAGCGCUGCCCUCGGAUACAUGGCUCCCGAGUACAUCACCACCGGGCGCUUCACAGAAAAGAGCGAUGUCUAUGCCUUUGGAGUCAUCAUCCUCCAAGUACUGUCAGGGAAAUGUAUACUCAACAGCUCAAUGAGACAGGCAGCUGAGUCCUGCAGCUUCACAGACUUGAUUGACCUGAAUCUCAAAGGCAGGUUCUUUGAAACUGAGGCUGCUAAGCUAACCAAAAUAGCUCUGGAUUGCACAAAUGAGCUUCCAGAAAACAGGCCAGCCAUGGCUGAAGUUAUUGAAGAGCUCAACAUGCCUUCCCAUUCCAGUGAUUGAAAACCAUUAUUUGUUUGGAAUUGGUGAUGAUGGUGGUGCCUUGAAGCUUUUACUUUUUUUUCUUUUUUUUUUUUGAUAUAUUAAGUUUUUCAGUUUACGCUAAACUAAUCUUAAGCUCCCAGAACCCUUGCCUAAAAGUCGCAGAGAAGAUAAAUCGCAAGUUGCUCAACCAAACUCCCAUGCGUUGAAGCUUUUCAUUGAGUGUUAAACCUGUUGCUGUUCUAACACUAGUUCCCACUAAAGCUUAACAGGUACAUAGAUAUCUUUGUAAAUAAAGAAGUGUUAGGCAGAACUGCAGAAGUGUUAUGACAACAACUUUUAAAUCUUUAUUUUGAAAUAUGAUUACUUUUUAUCUUCGCAAAUAA